ACAGGAGAACAGGUAAUGUUGCUAUACAGUAUAUACAGAAAUACAGUAUCUGCAGUGAUAUACAUUACUUCGUGUAAUUUUGUCCACAUUUCAUGUAUUCUUUAUAGAAUCGAAAGACUACCAGUCGGUGGUGGUAGAGGGAGAAUUUUUAAUGCUGAACAGGAGGCAGCCGUUGUCAACAUGGUUCUGGCAAAUAAUGCCAUUAGGCUGCGUGAAAUCAAGGCAGCAGUGAUUGCUGAUCAGGGAGUAUUUAGGAACAUCCAUACUGUGAGUGAGGCCACAAUUGACCGCGUCCUCCGAAGGAAUCAUAUGGCCAUGAAACAGCUCUAUAGAGUUCCUUUUCAGAGGAACUCUGAAGCUGUGAAGGAGGCCAGAUGCCAAUAUGUGGAGCGAAUAAUGGAGCUUGAAGCUGAGGGGGCACAUCAUAUCUUCAUUUAUGUCGACGAAGCCGGCUUCAAUCUUUGUAAAGUAAGGAGACGAGGAAGGAACCUCAUUGGGAAUAGGGCCACUAUUACUGUUCCAGGGCAGAGGGGUGCCAAUAUAACUAUGUGUGCUGCCAUCUCCAAUGAUGGCGUCCUGUGCCAUAUUCCUACCAUUGGCCCAUACAACACUGAGCGUCUCAUAGCAUUCCUGAAUGCCCUUUAUGACAUCCUGAUCCCACCUCAGGAGCGAGGCCUGUUGAGGCCUGGCAUGCCACGGUUCGUGAUUAUCUGGGACAAUGUGGCGUUCCACCACUCUCGUAUUGUGAAUGAGUGGUUUGCAGUGCACUGUCGGAUGAUGGUACAAUUUCUUCCUCCAUACUCUCCGUUUUUAAAUCCCAUAGAGGAAUUCUUUAGUGCAUUGAGAUGGAAGGUAUAUAAUCACCGACCCUAUGAACAGAUGCCCUUGCUCAAUGCAAUGACUGCUGCUGCCCAAGAUAUAGAUGCAGAGGCAUGUCAAGGAUGGAUCAGGCAUGCUAGACGAUUUUUCCCUCGGUGCAUUGCACGAGAGAAUAUUGAAUGCGAUGUGGAUGAGGCCUUGUGGCCCAGGCUUCAAGAAAGAGGAGACUAGAAGAGACAGAAGAGUAUCACUUGUGGCUAUCGCUUAUACUCUUAUAGUAUAGACCUACUAUAGUUUUUCGUUGUUUACUGUAAAAUUCUGUGUUUUUUCAUAAUUUCUUACACAGUAAUGGAUUUUAUUUUUAUUUCCAUGUAUUUUCAGUUGGAAUAUUUCAUUUGUCAGCCACAGUCUAAAAAAAUUAAGCAUU